CGGCAAUAGUCUAAACAUAACAGCUGUCAGAAUACAAAGAAAAUGGGCUUGCAGUGAUAAGAAAACCCAGAACUUAUCGAUCAGCAUGGCUUUGGCUGAAUCAUAUAUCCUGAACGAACAACAUGUUGCAGUCCUCGCGAGCCCUGGAAUGGGACACAUAGUCCCACUUCUCGAGUUUGCGAAACGCCUCGUCGUCCACCAUGGUUUCCGCGUCAGCUUUCUCAACAUCACCACCGAAGCUUCCCCCGCUCAAACUGACCUCCUCCACUCGCCCUCCCUCCCCUCCGGUCUCCACGUCAUCGAUCUCCCUCCUGCUGACGUGUCCUCCCUCGUGAACGACGAAAUGCUGGUCGUGCACCGUCUCGGCGUCAUCGUAGAGGAGAGCCUCCGGUGCCUGAAAUCAGUCCUGAUCCAGCUGGGAAAGCCCAAAGCCCUCAUCAUUGACUUGUUUUGCACACAGGGUUUCGACGUUGGCAAACAACUCUCCAUUCCAGUCUUCACAUUCUUCACUCCCUCAGCUGCUUUUUGUGCCUUCACGCUCUACCACCCCACCAUGGACCAUGAAGUGGAGGGUCAGUUCGUCGACCUACCGGAACCGGUUCAGGUCCCGGGUUGCACCCCGGUUCGAACCGAAGACCUGCUGGACCAAAUUCGGAACCGGGAGAAUGAUGAGUACAGAUACUACUUCGGUCACGUCCGCCGGUUGUGUGAGGCAUCCGGUAUUUUCUUAAACACAUGGGAGGAGCUCGAACCGGUCCCUUUGAAAGCCAUUAGAGAAAACCCGUUCUAUCAGAAAAUACUCACUCCUCCGGUCUACCCGGUCGGACCUCUCAUAAAAGAGCACGAGCCGGUGACCGAAGCUGACGCUGAAUGCCUGGCCUGGCUAGACCAACAGCCUCCAGACUCCGUACUAUUCAUCGUACUCGGCAGCGGCGGGACUUUGACAGCCGCGCAACUCACCGAGUUUGCGUGGGGCCUGGAGCUGAGUCAGCAGCGGUUCAUAUGGGUGGUACGUAAGCCGACCGACGCUAGUGCGUCAGCAACGUUCUUCAACGUGGGAGGGGAUGCGAACGACCCCAAGUCUUAUUUGCCGGAGGGUUUCGUGGAGAGGACACAUGGAGUGGGGCUAGUGGUGCGUUCGUGGGCCAGCCAAGUGGCGAUUCUCCGACACAGGUCCACCGGCGGGUUUUUGUCUCACUGCGGGUGGAACUCGUCGUUGGAGAGCAUGACGUAUGGGAUUCCGAUGAUUGCGUGGCCGUUAUACGCCGAGCAAAGGGCGAACGCGACCAUGCUGGCGGAGGAGGUUGGAGUGGCAGUUAAGCCGGUUAAGGGUGACGGAAAAACGGUUAUUGGGCGGGAGGAGAUUGAUAGGGUGGUGAGGUUGCUGAUGGAAGGUGAAGAAGGGAAGGUGAUGAGAAGCAAAGCAAAGAAGCUACAAGAGAGUGCGGCGAACGUGCUGAAUAGUGAUAGCUGUUCCUAUAAGUCCCUUGCGAGAGUGACCAAACAAUGGAAGGAUCUAGCUGCGCCAAUUUGAAGCAGAUAAUUAGGAUAUCAAUAAUAAACGCACAUGCAUGAUUGAGUCGGUUGGUGCGUUCACGUGUUCAUGUGUGGCGUCUGAUUUGUAUGCGUUCAUGUGUUCUGUGCUUGAUUAGCUAGUUUGGCCAUCUAUGUUUUUGGGAUCAAAACAAUAUUGUGCACUUAUGUUGUG